GCAUUCUGUCUUUACAAAAUGAAAGUGAAACUGACUCUCGUGCUUUUUCGAAGGCAUUUAAAAGCUAAAAAGGUAAGCGCUGAGUUUAAGUUCAAGGUUUGUGCAGAUGUAUGGAUAAAACAAAGCGAAAAACUUUUAUGUUUAUUCCUUCUGAAUUAACUGAACUCAGUCUACUGAGAAAUCAAAAGUCAAAAAUUUCAAAUACCACCGAUUUUUACUCACUUGGUUAUAAAAUACCUGAAAUAUAUGGCAAUCAGUCAAACAACAGUGAAGUUGUACUGAUUUUGGGAUUUUACGAUUCAUUCACUGAGAAAAAUGAAGUAUGCCCUUAUUGUUGUGUAAAAAUUCAAUCUAAUGAUAAUCCACAUAUUUGUGCUCAAAGUCUUAAAAAGUAUAAAUUUGAUCGUUCAUGCAUUAAACCCUAUUAUCCUUUAUUAACCAAUGAAUCUUAUAUAUGGAUUAGUCUUGAUAUGAAUAAAUUACCAUCAUUAUUGAAACAUGGUAUUCUCAUGAAGUAUUCUAGAUUAUUUUAUUCUCAAAACCAUAAUUGGUUAUAUUCAAUUAUGAAUUAUGAAAUUGGUCAAUCAUUAUGUACACUUAUUCUAUGGUCUAAUCAAUUUACACUAGACUAUAAUACAUCUUGUUGUGAUCAAUUGAAUUAUGAAAGAAAAUGUUCACGGCAAUAUUCUCGUUUCAUUGAGAUAAUAGUACAGAUUUUCACCAAGUUGUUUAACAAAACCAUUCAAAUGAGCUAUACCUUAUUAUUAAUUAAAUACCAAUAUGAUACGUCAAGGAAAUCAUCUACAUUCUGUACAAAUUGUCUAAAUAAGUUAUCCAAUACUACCAAUACUACUACUACUACUACUGAUAAUAGUAGUAACAUCAGUACCACAAAUCAUUCUUCUAUGCUAUAUGUCCACCAUUCGAAAGUGUUAUCAUUGUCAACUUUUGUACCAGAUCCUAGUCUAGUUAUAUUUUGUGCUAUACAAUUAUUAAUUUUAAUGUUAUGUUUAAUUACAGUACCACAUAAUCAUCAUCAUAGUGAUAAUAAUUAUGAUUUUGGAUGCUGUACACCUCAUGUGAAUAAAUCAUCAUCUCAAUUAUCUUCAUGUAAUACUAUUCAAUCAAAUUAUCAUACUAUUACUACUACUACUACUACUAAUACAGCCAUUAGUAGUAGUUGGUUACCGAAUGAUUUAAAUUGUAAAAUUAUCCCUACAUUAGGCUUAUUUUAUUUAGAUAAAAAUGAAGAAAAUUAUACAUUGACAUUAUCAUCAGCAAAUCUCUCAUCAUCAUCUUCAUCAUCUCCAUUCAUAUUAUAUAAUUCCACAAAAGAAUUAAUGAACUAUCUGUCACCAUCAACAAAUUACUGUCAAAUGAAUAUACUUUAUCGUUAUAUUGAAUAUUUCACAUGUGAAUUAACUCGUCUUCUAUUAUGGCUUGAACAAGGUAAACCAGCUGGUUUAAAAAUCAAUAUUCAUUUAUCCUAUUUAAUGGGACAAUUUUUUUUAUAUCAUAUAUUAGCAUGGCGUUCUUAUGUUACAUUUAUUAUUUAUUUAUUAAUUGAUUUAAUGAAUCAAUUAAAACAAUUCACUGGAAUUGAUUCAUUCAAUAAUCACAAUCCCAAUCACGAUCAUUAUCAUCACCAUUAUCAUUACAUUUUAAUCAAUAUUAUAACAAUCAUAUGUUUAUUAAUGAGUACAAUUUACUUAGUAACAACAUUAUCUAUAUAUCAAUAUAAACACUAUCCUCCUCCUCCUCCUCCUGCUCCUCCUGCUCCUCCUCCCCACUAUGCUUAUAUUGUAUCAUUAUUGAGAAUGUUUAUGAUUUAUAUAUCAACAAUCAUACGUUUAUUAUUUAGUUUAUUAAUUUGUUUAUUAUUAGAUACAAUUGAAUUGAUUACAUUGCAUUUAACAAGCUUUUAUAUAUAUGCUACACAUUUACUUCGUUUACAAUUGAAAACAAUAGCUGCUUCAUGGCGUCUAUGUCGUAAUAGUUCUAAAUGGAAUCCAUUACGUAAUCGUGUUGAUAAAAUACCGGAUAUGUAUCUUGAUUCUAAUGAAUUUUUCUUAUCAGUUAGUUCAUUACAGAAGAAAAUUUCAUCAUCAUCAUCUCCAUCAUCACCGACAAUAUUAUCGACGGCUACUACUACACCAGGAUUUUUCAACGAUAAAAAUCAUUACCAAAAACAACAAUCAGAAAGAUCAAUUGUGCAACAAGAAAAUGUAUUGUAUAAAUUUAUUUCUCAUAAAAAAGAUUCUGAUAUUAUUCUAUGUGAUCAAUUAACUAAACAAACAUGUGGAGUAUAUCUGGAUCGUUUAUUAGUCUCCACUUUAUUGGGUCUUGCUAUUGGAUUAUGUUUAUUUACUACAACAAUAGCAUUUUAUAUUACAUUUGCAUCUGUUCAAUUGGUUUUACUACUGAUUAAAAAUAGUUUAAAAAGUUUAGUUUGGUUUAUUAUGGACUUCCCAUUGGAAUCUUCAAUAUGCUGGUUAUUGAACAGUUCAAAUUAUCAAACUAAGCUAAUUCUGGAAGCACCGCGAAUGGACUCAAAAUAUUUUCCAUUUCUACAAUUAAAAGUAACUAGAAUUGAUUUCAAUGAAAUGUAUCAUCAAAAUCAUCUAUUGCAUAAACCAUUAUUUCCAUCAAAUUCAUUAUCUUUUAUGGAAAUAUUCUAUCGUCUUUUAUCUGCUCAAGAUAUUCGAUAAAUACAGAUAGAGUUUUGUUAUUGUUUAGGUCUUUAUUAUUAUUAGUAGUAGUACUAUUACUAUCAUUAUUGUUACUACUAUUACUACUACUACUACUACCACUAUUACUAUUACUAUUACUGCUACUACUACCAUUACUAUUAUUAUUAGUACUACUAUUAAUAUUACUAUUAUUACGUAACUAUGUUCCUAGUGAUAUUUUCGGUGGAACUUAUCCUAUUUUUAUAACAUGUAAUGUGAUUAUAACAUUUUCCUCUCUCUAUUAUAUAUUGAAUAGUAAAUAUAUUCAUGGAU